AUGGAUUCCUCAUCAGUCUCCUCCAUUGAAUCUCUAGUCAAUGAGAUCAAGAAAGAUAUGUUCUCAAACCAAGAAUUUAACACUUUUGUUACCCCAAUAUCUGCCUAUGACACUGCUUGGUUGGCCAUGAUUUCUUAUAAUAAUCAAGAAAAAGCCACUAAUGAUCAUUCUUUUUCUGGCCCUAUGUUUGAGAGUUGUUUAAAUUGGAUUCUCAACAACCAAAAUGAGCAAGGAUUUUGGGGAGAAUCCAAUGGUGAAAAUCUUCCUACCAUUUAUGCUCUCCCUACUACUCUUGCUUGUAUGAUAGCACUCAAGAAAUGGAAUGUGGGUGAAACCAACAUCAAAAAAGGUUUGAAAUUUAUUCAUGCUAAUACGGAAAUACUUCUGAAAGAGAAUUCUCAACAAUUUCCACGUUGGUUUACCAUUGUUUUCCCUGCAAUGGUUCAACUUGCUAAAUCAGUAGGCCUGGAGAUUAUUUUUGUGAAUGGAUCAGAAAGAUUACUUUCUGACGUGGUCAUGAAGAGGAAAGUAAUUCUUGAAAGUGAAAAGCUAAUGGAUGUGACAGCAGGGCAUGAUCAACCUCUUUUGGCAUAUCUAGAGAGCUUGCCAAAUUAUUUUGUGGAUCAAAAAGACCAAAUCCUAAAACAUUUAAGUGAAGAUGGUUCUUUGUUUCAAUCUCCCUCUGCUACAGCACAAGCAUUCAUGUCCACAGGGAACCAAAAAUGUCUUGAAUAUCUCAUGUCCAUUGUUCACAAGUGUCCAAAUGGAGUACCUUCAAGGUUUCCAGUGGAUGAAGAGCUAAUAAAUCUUUGCAUGAUUGACCACAUUCAGAGAAUGGGAUUGGCUAACCACUUUAACAAAGAGAUUGAACAGAUUCUUGGCCAAGUUUAUAAGAAUCAAAUGAAUAACCAGAAUGAGUACUUAUCAGAAAUAAGUACUUUACCUGAGAGAUUAUACAAGGACUCUUUGGCUUUUCGACUUCUCCGUUUGCAAGGCUAUAAAAUAAAUCAAGGAAGUUUUUGUUGGUUUGUUCAUCAACCGCAGAUAAGGGCCUACAUAGAAAAGAAUCAAGAACGUUUUACAUAUGUGAUGUACAAUGUGUACAGAGCUACAGAUCUUAUGUUCAAUGGAGAAUCUGAAAUGGAGAAAGUACGAUCUUUUGCCAGAAAUUUUCUUGAAAGUUCAAUGGAACUCGUGAGCAAUGAGGACAACUUAUUACUACUUCCUUCACUUCAAAAAGUGAUUGAGCAUGAGUUGAAUGUUCCAUGGGUUGCUCGACUAGAACAUCUUGAUCACAGAUUGUGGAUUGAAUUAAGCCAAUCUCUCCCUCUUUCAAUUGGAAAAUCUGCAGAUUAUUGGUUGUCUUGUCUGCACAAUGACAAAUUGGUGAAACUAGCAGUGCAAAAUUACGAAUAUCGACAGUCAGUUUACAGGACAGAAUUGGAAGAACUCAAGAGGUGGUCGAAAGAGAAAGACCUCGUGGACAUUGGAUUUGGGCGAGAGAAAACUACAUAUUCCUAUUUUGCAAGUGCAGCUAGCAGCAGCAGUUUUCUACCUUUUGAUUCUUUUCUUCGAUUGGUUGUUGCAAAAUGUUCCAUAGUUAUUACAGUUGCUGAUGAUUUUUAUGAUGAGGAAGCCUCUUUAAAUGACUUGAAAAUCUUAACCGACGCUGUACAGAGGUGGGAUGGAAGUAACCUUGAUGGCCCUAGUAAGAUCAUAUUUGAUGCACUCGAUGAUCUUGUGUGCGAUGUUGCUAAGUUGUACCACCUUCGACACGCAAUCGACAUCACUUCAGAACUUCGACGUCAGUGGCAGGAGACAUUUCUUGCAUGGAUGAUGGAAAGCACGUGGAGUAACAAUGUAGCCAUGCCAUCUAGGAAUGAAUACCUAGAAAUUGGCAUGAUAUCAAUUGGUGCACAUAUUUUGGUUCUUCAUGCUGCUUCUCUUGAAAAUCCAAGUUUGCCAAGGGAAAAACUUAAGCCAAUUGAUGGCCAAUAUGAAAAUAUUACAAAGUUGCUUAUGGUCACCACUCGUUUGUUGAAUGAUAUCCAGAGCUAUCAAAAAGAAUGUGAAGUAGGGAAAAUGAACUACACAUUACUUCACAUGAAUGAAAAUCCAGGGGCACAACUUGAUGAUUCAAUUGAAUAUGUGAAAGAGAUUUUGGCCAACAAGAAGAAAGAAUUUCUUGAAAAUGUUCUAAUGGAUGGAUUCAAUGAUAUGCCAAAGACAUGCAAACUACUUCAUCUUUCUUGCCUAAAUGUGUUUCACAUGUUCUUCAAUUCUUGCAAUUUAUUUGAUACCAAAGCAGCAAUUCUUGAAGAUAUAAUGAGAGCUAUUUACAUUCCUCUUCAAGAACAAACCUCAAUUCCAUCAUUAAAAACUUCUCCAAUUUUAACACCUCAAGAAAAGAAGAAGAAGAAGGAGAAGAAGAUUGAGAAUAUUCCAACUAAAGUUUCUGCUUGUCUCAAUGGGAAAAACUUCAAACAUCAAGUUGGCAUUGGAAUAAGUUUUGUUGGAAGUAAAGCUCCUAAGAAUCAUCCUUUUGGUUGGAAUACAAAAGGAUUUGCUUCACAAAAGUUAAGUUCAUGUUUCAUAUGAUUCCUUAGUAAUUAUUCUUUACUUAUAUUACUAUUAUUAUUCUUGUAUGGUACUAUGUAAUAUUGUAGUUAAAAUAAAAGAGACUUGGAGAGUCCCUCAUUGAAAGUGUGAUUGUAAAAGCAACUCUUUUAAGAUUGUAUUAAUGAUACUAUAUUUCAAGAUUCUUUUUA